GCAAGCAGUUAGUGAAAUCUCGGGAGCUGCCUGGCCCUGGUGAGUGGGGCAAGUCAAGAAGCGAAACGCUUUUAAAAACCUGCAUACAUGAAGGAGAUUUUCUAAAAGACUCGCAUACGAUUGUAUUUUACUUUGUUGCGUGUUAGUUUUACUAACGAGGAGAGAAUAGUUUACCACUGUUUUUGUUUUUGGACUUUGCAAACUUUACCUCGGGCUGCAGCGCUCGAAGUUUCCACCUCGAAGUUCCCUCACGGCUCUGUGGGCAGUUUUGCAGAAAUGUCGCAGAACGAAAGGCCCAAGUUUUAUCGACAGGACGUCAACAAAACCAUUUGGGAAGUGCCCGAGCGAUACCAGAACCUGUUACCUGUGGGAUCGGGUGCAUACGGUACCGUUUGUUCUGCAUUUGAUGUGAAAACUGGUUUGAAAGUUGCUGUGAAGAAGCUCUCCCGACCCUUUCAGUCCAUCAUCCAUGCAAAGAGGACAUACCGAGAGCUGCGGUUGCUCAAGCACAUGAAACAUGAAAAUGUAAUCGGCCUAUUGGAUGUUUUCUCCCCAGCGACAAGCCUAAAGGAGUUUAAGGAUGUAUAUCUUGUCACUCAUCUAAUGGGGGCUGAUUUGAACAACAUAGUGAAAUGCCAGAAGCUGACAGAUGACCAUGUACAAUUCCUCAUAUAUCAGAUUCUCAGAGGAUUAAAGUAUAUCCAUUCAGCUGACAUUAUUCACAGAGAUCUGAAACCAAGCAACCUGGCUGUGAAUGAAGACUGUGAACUCAAAAUUUUGGACUUUGGUUUGGCUCGUCAGACUGAUGAUGAAAUGACCGGAUACGUAGCCACCCGCUGGUACAGAGCCCCAGAGAUCAUGCUCAACUGGAUGCAUUACAACAUGACAGUGGACAUCUGGUCUGUGGGGUGUAUAAUGGCAGAGCUUCUCACUGGAAGGACGCUGUUUCCUGGCACUGACCACAUUGACCAGUUGAAGUUAAUCAUGCUCCUGGUGGGGACUCCAGAGCCGUCUCUCUUGAAGAAAAUCUCUUCAGAGUCUGCCAGAAAUUAUGUCAUGUCUUUGCCUAUCAUGCCCAAGAGGAACUUUGCUGAUGUUUUCAUUGGUGCCAACCCUUUAGCUGUGGACCUUCUGGAGAAAAUGCUGGUCUUGGAUACAGACCAGCGGAUAACAGCAGCUGAAGCUUUGGCUCAUCCAUACUUCAGCCAGUACCACGACCCAGAUGAUGAACCAGUGGCCGACCCUUAUGAUCAGAGCUUUGAGAGCCGAGAGCUGGAUAUCGAGGAGUGGAAACGAUUAACCUAUGAGGAGGUCAUAAGUUUUGAGCCACCACUCUUUAGUGAAGAUGACAUGGAAUAACUGCAGCGACCAUGGCAUUCAAAAAUGUGCUACAAUCCUGAGUUUUUAAUGAAACUCAAACAAUUCUGCCAUAUUAAUAAGUGUUCGUCUUUUAGAUGAAACUCUUGUAAAGGGAACAGUACCAGUGUGAGGAAUCUCCAUAACACUUUAUUUAUAGACCACUAUGUCAAUUUUUGGAACUGGUACUGAUGUAGUUUUAUAUUUCUGGCCAUUAGAUGACAUAAUUUUAUCAUUUUUAAAUUCAAAUAAUCACUGUGACCAUCGUAAAUAAGAUGCUGAAAAAUGUCUGGACCUAUAGCUGUGCUUCUUUAAGUAUUUUGUGAAAUAGUUUAUCUUAAGUUAUAAGCUUUUGUGUUGUCAGUAUGCUAGUCCCUUUCAAUUUGCCAAAACAGCAUACACAGUGCUGUGGCCUGAACGACUAUAUCACAUUUGUUUCAGGAAAGAAUUAACAUAUUUUUGUAAAGUUAUUCAGAUAUAUAUUUGGGCAGCCACUGUCCCACUUAUCAGCAUCAUUAUUGCCAGCUUGCUGUAAAAAGUGCAGAAUAUGGCCUAUUUGAUGCAUUAUAGCUGGCUCUUACAUUUUCAGAUAUUGUGGUUAUAUUAUAAUCACUUUUAAUUUGAGAUAAUUUAUAGGAUAUGUAGGCUGAGACUGUGUGUCAUUUUAAGUGUUUCAUUGACCAGAUUUAAUGUUUAAGUUGAGAUGUUUAAAAGAAGGAUAUCAGAUGUAUUUAUACUGUGUUGAAGUGGUAUUUAUAAACUACUGUUGAAUGGGUAAUUUUAGUCUGGGAGAAUGAUUACUAUCUUUUGCUCUUCUCUGUAACAAAUAAAGAUGUAUUUUUAAGAGUA